AUCGGCGUUCUUUGGUUUCCAAUUCGCGUUAAUCCCCAACGAACACCAACAUCCGAGUUGGAUUCAGCCGCUGUUUUUAGCGUCCUCCGUUGAAUUGAAAAUUUAAAUCAGCUCAAUCAGAGUAUCGAAAUUAGCGCUUUCGAUUUCUUCCUCAACCCCCCAAGUAUCUCCGCCGCUUACUCUUUUUACCAAUCGAUCGCGCGUUUCGUCUCGUUUCGUCUUGUUCGCUGUGUUUAUCUUCUGGGUUCUUAGUUUCUUACUGGAUUUCUCUUCCUCCGGGGCAUUAUUCUUGUGAAGCCUAGGCAGCAGCUGUUGGUGGUGCGCUGUUCGAUUCUUUUCAGUAAAUGGGCUGUGUUUCGUCUAGAGGAAGAAGACAGUUCCCUGGAUACGAGGACCCUGUGUUCCUUGCUUCACAAACAACCUUUAGUGUCAGUGAAGUCGAAGCUUUAUUCGAGCUUUAUAAAAGCAUCAGCAGUUCAGUGAUAGAUGAUGGGCUAAUAAACAAGGAAGAAUUUGUUUUGGCUCUUUUCAAGGAUAAGAAGAAAGAAAACCUUUUUGCAAGUCGGAUCUUUGAUUUAUUUGAUGUAAAGCACAAAGGAGUUAUUGAUUUCGGCGACUUUGUUCGAGCACUCCAUAUAUUCCAUCCAAGUACUCCUCUUGAAGACAAGAUAAAAUUUUCAUUCAAGCUGUAUGAUUUACAUAGUACGGGCUUUAUCGAGCGCCAAGAGGUUAAGCAAAUGUUAGUAGCACUUCUUGGUGAAUCAAAAAUGAAGUUGGCUGAUGAGACUGUCGAGUUGAUACUUGAUAAGACAUUUCUGGAAGCUGAUAGAAACCAAGAUGGGAAGAUCGACUUGUCUGACUGGCAAUGUUUUGUCUCCAAGAACCCAUCAUUAUUAAAGGUCGUGACGCUCCCUUAUUUAAGGGAUAUAACCACAGCAUUUCCAAGCUUUGUGUUUUAUUCUGAGGUUGAUGAGACUGCAGCAUGAAGAAAGUAAAUAGAAUAAUAGGAAUUGUGAAUUAGCCACAUUAACUUUUCAUAACAUAUUAAUGUUUUACAGUUUCAGCUUAAGAAAGAUGAAAUAAGGAAAAAGAAAAAAAAAACAGAAAGAUUUUAGAUUUUGUUUAUUUUUAUUUUUAUUUUUAUUUUGUUGGAGAAGUCCAAAUCUGUGCCAUAAAGUACUAAAAUAGUAUGGGGCUCAGUUUUAUAGCAUCUUCUUCCCUAUGAUCUGAUUUUUGCAGAUAGUUAUUUUUCAUAUUAGAAAAUUUGGUGCUUUUUUAUUUUUUUA